CCUUCCCGCGGUUGACUAUCUGGAAUGUGAUCUGGGGCAGACAGAGUUCACUCCUCCUGGCUGCGUUGCCUUACUUAACAUCACAGAACCACUUCUGGGACCACCUUUCACUCACCCGAGGAGGCCACAGAAGAUGGCGUAUUACGGGAAGAUGAGUUGUCACAACGACUAUGAGAAUUACAUUGAGAUCGUAAAAUACGUGUUCCGGGAUUACAGGAGGGAGUCCCCACUCAUCAUCAACACAAUGGGCUGGGUGAAAGAGGACGGCCUGCUGCUGCUGGUGGACCUGAUCCGACUGUUGUGCCCCAACUAUGUCGUUCAGUUGUCUGGCCGGAAUAAAACAAUGUCCGCUCUGACCUCAGAAUAUGUAGAGCUCACAGAUGGCCUAUAUACAAAGAGCAAGAUCAAAAGGAGACAUCGGGGUUUCGAAAUUCAAGAAUUUGGAGAUAGUUUGGAAUUUACUGAUGAAGAAAAAGACUCUUGUCCAGUUCCAGCCUUCACUGGACAUAAGCUAAUAGAUGUUCACUCAGAAUUUUUAUGUGAUAAAAAUGAAAAAAAUAGGGCCAAAUACAACAAAAUUUUUCGAGACCUGGCAGUGUUGGGCUACCUUAGCCAGCUGAUGCCGCCUGUGCCAGGGCCGCUUACCCCUUUGCACAGCCUGACUCCCUAUCAGGUCCCCUUCAAUGCCGUUGCUCUCCGGAUCACUCAUGCCGACGUUGCCCCUUCCCACAUACUGUACGCCGUGAACGCCAGCUGGGUUGGCCUUUGCAAGAUCGUGGACGACAUGAAAGGGUACACUAGGGGUCCCAUCCUGCUUGCACAGAACCCUAUAUGUGACUGUCUGGGCUUUGGCAUUUGCAGAGGCAUUGACAUGGACCAGCGUCUGUACCACAUUCUCACGCCUUUGCCUCCAGAAGAGUUGAAAGCUGUGAACUGUCUGCUGGUUGGUGCCAUUCCCAUUCCACAUUGUAUCUUCAAGAAGCAGCCUGGGCCUGAAGGGACAAUUCCUUACGUCACCACAGAUUAUAACUUCAAACUUCCUGGAGCCUCAGAGAAGAUUGGAGACAGAGAGUAUGAACACGCAUCUCUUGGAUUCAAAUCCUAUAAGAGAAAAUAAAACCUCCAUAGGACAGAAUGAGCUCCACCCAUGAAUCUUGACCUCCAGCCCGAGUCAGCAGCCUUGGUGGGUCUUCGUGACUGUGAAGAACAUGCUCAUGACCGGUUUCAUGGGACUGGAAAAUGUGCUGAGAGCAGAUAGCUCCAGACUCCAUUUUUCUUUUCCCUCUAAGACAGGGUCUCUUGAAGCUCAAACUCUGGGUCUUCCUGUCUCCAUCAUCCAAGUGUGGCACUACAGGCCCAUGUCAGCACACCUGGCCUUCAGGCUUUUCUCUUCAGUUGUCUGAUGUCAAACUUGGCCUCUUGGUGACUGACUAGCCCUCCUGAGUGAGUGGAGUGUGUCCUGAAGAGGUGUGGAGCAGCAAGGAGAGCUGUGCCUCCCCACCAGACAGGAAGAGCGCAGCCGCCCUCUUGGUUCCAGAAGGACUGACUAUUGGAAUCAAAAUAAAAUUGGAAUCCAGGUCCACCAAAAUGUGCCAAGAAACAGGGCAGCAGGCUGACCCCCUAGUACUCAGGCUCUGGGCAGGCUGCUCGGGUCUUGAGUAAGCUAGGUGGGUGCGAGUGAGAGACUCACUCUGAGUCACAUGGCCCUGACCAUUAGGAGAGGUGACUCAAACGCCUAAUCUUUUGAUGCCAUUGAGUCUCCCAGAUGUGUAGUCAAGUCUGUUCGUUUGUGGGUCAUUUUAAUCAUGAGACUUUUGUGUUGAAGAACCUACUCUGACAUCCAGAAAGCCUCUGGACUGUUCCUACGGUCCGGGUAUGCUCUGACUGACCCCUCCUUUAAGGCUGGACACACUGCCACGGGGCCACAGGCCUGUGAACAGACACUUUUGUGCCUGUCUUGGGCAAACCUUUGCUACCAGUGCUUUCUUCUGGAGGCCACUGCGUGUGCCGUUUUUUUCUAGUAGAUUUUGUAAUUAGAAGUGACUGGGUCAGGUCCUUUUUGUGGUUGAAAAACAGGCCACUGAGGAACUUCUCAGGUUGGCAUGACCAACGACGUAUGAGGACUCCACCUCCCAGCAGGAUCAUGUUCACAUACACCAUUGAUUAUCUUGUCUGUAACUACCCUCAGUGUGCCCCGUGUUGUCUACUCGGCCCCGUCUUUGUGACACUUUGUGGUGGCCUCAGCAUCUGAAAAACCCGUUAGAGAGAACUGCAGCAGCCUGUUUGGUCUGAGCCCCUGUGGACCGCUGAAGGACUCACGAGCUGUCCGUAUUUAUAUCUGAUGUUACCUUGUGUUGUCUUUCUGUUUGGUGGGGAAGGGCCUCUCAUCAUGUUGUCCAGGCCUCUGUGGGUUCCAUUGGUCUCUCCUCUUCCUGAGUGCCAAGAUUACAAGUGUGACAGUCCUGGCCUUGCGCCACUAAUGAUCCGUGUUCCCCAUGUCUUCACAAGAAUAAAGGUCCUGAAACGCA